CCACACAUUUUUCAAUUUCAGAUAAUUGGCAUUUUGGGCAUCGUUUUUGGUGUAUUAAUUCUCAACAACAUCGGCACUAUCGAGGUCGAUGGCCAAGUCGGUUUCCCACCACAAGCCAUUGUACCAAUUAUACUCAUUACUAUUGGUUCAAUUGUGGUAUUCAUCUCAUUCCUGGGAUGCUGUGGCGCCAUACGUGAAUCCGUAUGCAUGACUAUGACUUAUGCCGUCUUCCUGUUGGUGCUACUCAUUCUACAACUGACUAUUGUUGUACUCCUAUGGACCAAUAAGGAUAAAUUUACCGCAGCAAUGGGUGAGGUCAUCGAUAAGGCUUGGGAGAAAGAGGCACGCCAGUCGGGCGUCUUCGAUGCCAUACAGCGUUCGUUGAAAUGUUGCGGCAAGAAUGGUUUCACCGACUACGUUGUAAUACUGCAGAGCCCACCGCCAAGCUGUUGUGAGAAUGACAACUGCGCGAAUCCGUUGAACGUCUAUGGCGGUUGCCGUAGCAAAUUCCAGGAAUUCAUGUCCUUCAGUACUGACACAGCCAAAUAUGUUGGUUUGGGAUUGAUUGGUGUGGAGUUGGUCGGCUUCAUUUUCGCCUGCUGCUUAGCCAAUAACGUACGCAACUAUAAGCGACGAAAUGCUUAUUAAUCGAGGAUAAACAGCGUCCAUGUUCCAUACAUUUUAAUUUUUUUUUGAUGUCGUCCUCAAACGCGCAUUCAAUUCCAAUCUAAAUAGUAAUUGAAGUGAACCAUUGAUUUAUAAGUAUAUUUAUGUAUGUAUGUAGUUUUUCCCUAAGAAAUAUACAUUAUAUAUUGAAUACACAUUUACAAAGC